UAGCCAAUGGGACGCCAUCAAACUGCAGCCAGCGAACCUAAACAACAGCAGCAACAAACACUGGCAGCGAGCGGAGCUGGUCGACGUUUUUAGCUGCCCGGGCCAAACGACAAGAAUAUCUGACUUUUCGUUUUGGUUGAGCCACAAAGGAGGACGUUUUUUUUUUUUAUUAUUUGCAUUCGUGUAAACGUUUGGAUUAGGGUUUGGGUUUGUUUGUGAAAGUGGCUGUUAGUGUGUGUGGGCGGCUCGGUCGACGUUAGCUUGAUGUUAACGUGUUGCUAACUUGACUCGUAUUUAAAAAAAAAAAAAAAGACAACCGGCGGACGAGAGUUAUUGUUAUUUAGUAACUAAGGUUGCCGCACUUUAAUUUAUCGUCAAACUUGACUUGAGUCCCUCCACCCCACCGAGUGAGGUGGAUAUUUAAGCUACUUAUUCGCUAUACUGCACCCGGUUUAUUUAACGCGUUAAAAAAAAAUCAUCUGGUGUGUUGAAUCCAGGAUGAAUCCAAAUCCACUCCCAAUGGCGAGUGCACGAUCACAUUCGGGUGUUUGCUUGGACGGCAGAGAGUUACGAUUAGUCCUUUCGUAACUCGUAUUUGUGUGUGUUUUUUUUAAUUUAAAUUGUUAAAUAGUGACUUUAUUGUACUUUUUUUUUAAUUAAUCAUGGAGGUUGAGUUGCUACUCCACCCGCUUUCGCACCCUUCCGCUCCGGGCAUCUGCCCCGAGAUGCUGGAGGUCGCGGCGGAGGCGAGCCGUGCCGGAGAUUUUAGUUUGGCCGCCGAGAUCUACAGCUCGCAGCUGGCCGACCUCCAGCAACCGGACAGGGGCUUGUGCCUCCGCAAAGCUGACUCCCUGGUACGCGCCGGGAGGAUCUCCGAGGCGCUGGACUCGUACUGCGCCGCGGCCAGCCUCGGCAAGUUGCGGCCGGAGGAGCUGCCGCUGCUGGUGGACAGCAUCGCCCGGAGCCUCCGAGAGAAGGAGCCGGGCCUCCGGAGCACCAGCGGCGGGGAGGAAAGCGAGGAGGCCGAUGGGGAAAGCAGCGAAGACGACCCUCUGGACUUGUUUUCCUGCGGAUUGUGCCGGUGCCUGCUCCACGAACCUUCCACGGUGGAGUGCGGGCACACGUUCUGCAAACGCUGCCUGGAUGCCGAAGCGGUGACGGACUGCGUGCACUGCAAGAGAGGCCUCACGCGGAAGGAGGCUCUCCCGAACGGCCGCCGGCUAGACGUGGUGCUCGGCGGCCUUCUAGACAAACUCUUCGCCACCGAGAGCCAAGCACGCCGCCUGUGGAUCGAGGGCGAGGCGCUGUGGCAGGGCCGGAACCUGACAGAGGCCCUGGAGAAAUACGACGAGGCGGUGGAAUUGGCGCCAUCCUCAGGCCGCCUCCUGUGCCAGCGGGCUGAGCUACACAUGGAGAUGAGUAACGUGGGUCGGGCGGUCCAGGACGCCAGCAGCCUGUGCCAAAUUAAACCUCUCUGGCCAAAGGCUCACUACCUAAAGGCCACCACACUAAGCAAAGCGUCACGCAACGAUGAGGCCCUCCAGGAGUACUUUCUGUGUGUGGCUCUCAAACCCAACUGGACAAAAGUCAGACUUGAGGCCCAGAAGGUUCUCGCUGAGCUCUUCUCCUCAGUGUUUGAGAACCAAGACAUGCCCACACCACUUCAUCCCCUCCAGGGCGGGGUGGCCUCGCGCCCCUUCAAGGCCCCCGUCCUGCUGAGGACCCUGAGACCCCUCGCGCAGAAGCCCGCUUCAUCCCCGCAGGUUUCUGCGCAGGAUUCUGACUCGAGCGUGACAGUAAGCGCCUUGAAAGGAGAGUUGUCUUCCAGAGCGUGGGAGUCUUGUGAUCCGCUGCCUGAGGGAAGCGGCACCAGCAACAAGAGCCUGGCCGACGUUCUGGGUUCUGUACCGCCAGCGCCACCCUUUGGCCUUAAGAGAAAGCAGAGUGAUGAUGGAUGCUUCAGUCCUCCUGCCAAGAUGCUCAAACCAGGUGAGUCGAGCAGCGUCAAGAUGGCGACAGCACGCACGGGGAGAGUGGUGCCCGCUGAGCUGUUGGACAGUGGCGACAUGGAGUGUUCGCUCUGUAUGAGGUUGUUCUACGAGCCGGUGGCCACACCCUGUGGACACACUUUUUGCCUCAAGUGUCUCGAGCGCUGCCUGGACCACAACCCCAACUGCCCUCUGUGCAAGGAGAACCUCUCAGAGUUCUUGGCCACCCGAGGCUACAACAAGACGCUGCUGAUGGAGGAGGUGCUGCAGCGCUACCUCACCAACGAGCUGGCGGAGAGGAAGAAGAUUCACGAGGAGGAAAUGAAGGAGCUCUCCAACUUGAACCAGGAAGUGCCCAUCUUCGUUUGCACCAUGGCCUUCCCCACAAUCCCCUGCCCGCUGCACGUGUUCGAGCCGCGGUACCGCCUCAUGAUUCGGCGCUCCAUGGAGACGGGCACCAAGCAGUUUGGCAUGUGCAUCGCCGACGAACUCAAAGGCUUCGCCGACUACGGCUGCAUGCUACAGGUCCAAGAUGUCAAGUUUUUCCCCGACGGGCGCUCAGUGGUGGAGACUGUCGGGGUGUCUCGCUUCAAAGUCUUAAGUCAUGGCCAGAGAGAUGGCUACCACACUGCCAAAAUCGAGUAUCUGGAAGACAAAAAGGUGGAAGGCGACGAGUUGGUGGAGCUGCUGAAGCUACAUGACGCCGUCUACGAGCAGGCCAGCAACUGGUUCACGUCGCUCAAAGAAAACAUGAAGACUCAAAUCGUCGGUCACUUUGGUCAACUGCCCGGCAAAGAUCCCGACCCCCAGGCGAGUGGCAGCGGCCCGGCUUGGUGCUGGUGGCUCCUGGCUGUGCUGCCGCUUGAGAACCGGGCCCAGCUCACCAUCCUAUCCAUGAGCGCCCUGAAGGAGCGGCUCCUGGCCAUCCGCAAGGUGCUCAUCUUCGUCAUGCGCAAGAGGCCGCGGUGACGAGGGAUGUACGACGGGACCCUAAUGAACAUUUGCGCAAAACCCGCUGAUCCAGUCACUUUUUUUUUUUUUUUUAUGUCGUCUGCAUCUUGUUUUUCUACAAUUCCUGUUUGCUUAAAUGCUGCGACUGUCGCUUCUUCUUAUUCUUUUAAUUCACGUCAACAAUGGAAAACGAGCCCCCCUGUUCUCACUGACCCGGAGAGUAGUUGGUGACCGGAUGUCGACUCGAGUCUCCACUGGUUGCGGAGAUGUCUCCACAGAGUCCCCUGCAGUCGAUAUAAUUAAAAACAAAAAGGUUUUCCUAUAGGCUUAAAUAUUUUAUUUUUUUAUGUUUUAUGUCACAAAACUCCAAGUCAUCAUCACCGCAAUGUCUGUGAACAUUUUUCUCAACGUCCUCUUCAACCUUUGACAGAAUCGGAACAGUCACACCAACAUUUUUGAUUUUAUGGAUGUAACGCGUUUUCCUUCAUGCGCAUAUAUUUAAAUAAAAAUUACAUUGAAAAUAAAUCCUAAUGUUUUAUGUCACAAAACUGCUAGUAGUCAUAACCGCAAUGUAUGGACAGCGCAACCUAUGCCCAAGUCAACCUCUGGAAGUAUCAAAACAAUCACCACAAUAUUUUGGAUCUAAUUGAUGUACAGUAUUUGGUCUUGGUGCUCAGUCAGCGGAACACAAACACAGAUACAUGUAUAGUUAUUUAAAUCUGUACAUUUAUGGAAAAUAUUCAAGACACCCUUAAAUUUUCCACUUGUUGUAUUGCAGCCAUUUGCUCAAAAAAGAUUUCCCUCAUUAAUGUUCACACGGCACCCCAUACUGACGGGAAAAAAAACAGAAUUGUCGAAAUUUUUGCAGAUUUGUUACAAAAACUGAAAUAUCCGAGCCAUACGUUUUCAGAGCCUUUGCUGCAGGCUUUUGAGCUAAUACAGCCCUAAAUCUUGGAACGAUGCAAAUGGUUUUUCCCACACCUGGAUUUCGGGAAUCCGCUGUCAUUCCUCGCAGAGCCUCUCAACAGUUCUGUUAGGUUGGUUGAUGAACGUAAGUGGACAAUCUGAGAUGCUCAAUUGGGUUUAAGUCAGGGCUCUGGCUGAGCCAUUCAAGAACAGCCAUGGAUCAUUUCUUUCAGCUGCAUGCUUAAAUAAAUGAGUGGCUUAUCAGAAGGUGAACUUUGGGCCAAAUCUUAUGCCCUGAGUGCUCUGGAGAUCCCCCUCCCCAUAUUUGGCCACAAUAUUAUUUCAUCCUCUCGAUGCAGCUUUAAAACACCCCCACAGUUUCGUUGGCCCUCUCUGCCAUGAAGGCCCGAAUUGUGGAAGGCUGUAGUGAUGCUUGAUUUUCUAGUACCUAUAGCAUGGUCUCCCCCCCCAGGCAUUCCAGUUUUCUCCCACAUCCCGAAAAUGUGCAUUCAUUGGAGACUUUGAGAGAUUUGGGCCACAUUGUAGUUACGGCUUCUGUCAAAGGGCCAUUAUGACUGAAACCAUGAAAAUCUUUAAUUGAUCCAUCAUAUUUACACAUUAAAUGUAUGAACGAGUUUUGGAAUCAGAACUCAAGGGUAAUGGGUUUUCCAACUAUUGUUGAUGUUUGGUAACCCAAAAAUGGUUGCAAUAUCUCAAAGUCAUCAUUUUUGAUAUGACAGUUUGAAGUUUUGGUUCAAAAUUGAACAUAAAAUCAUGGAAGUUGAUACAAGUGAUUUGCCUUCGGGGGCCACAUAAAAUCAUGUCGUGGGCCGCACCUGGCCCCCGGGCCUUGACUUUGACACCUGUGCUCUAAAUUGGCCCAAAGUGUGAUUGUGAGUGCGACUGUUGUCUGUAUGUGCCCUGGGAUUAAUUUGCUGGGAACCAGUCCAGGGUGUACCCUGCCUCCUGCCCAUUCAUAGCUGGGAUAGGCUCCAGCAAUCUUGUGACCCUUGUGAGGAUAAGUAGCUCAAAAAAAAACAGAU